UAUACAUAUCAACGUUAUUAGGUUAACGUUCUUGUUUCAUGCGAAACUAUAUUUAUUCAUGACUAUUAUUGAGGGCGUGCUCCAUUGCUUAGUUCAUUGAAGCUUUGUAGAUCCAACAUGGCUAGCAGGUAGCUUGCAUUGAUGUUUUCUAACUGAAAGAAAAUCUGUAUAUUCUGCUGUUUUAUAGUUUUAUGUUAAUUCUAUAUACAGAUAUGUUUUGGGAUCUACCAUCCAACAUACAGAUUACGUGUAUGCUAUGACAACUGAUGAUAUCAUGAGGUUUACUUGUUAAAUGGUGUAAUCACAUCCGGUCAAAGUAAAUUGAAUGGUGUUCAAUAAAACGAACUCUCAUACAUUAAGAUCGCUUGUGAUUUCUGCUUUUCUGUCCGUCCACCUCGCCACAAUUCAAUUUACUAAUUGCAAACAUCUGAGGAGUGAUGGAGGAGAAGAAACUGAAGAGACGAACAAGUAAGUCAAGAUUCACACGACAGAAACGGACCUUGGAAAUUCUAAUAGACAACGAUGAAUCCAUUGACGAAAUUAGAGUGGAGUUUGAGAAGCUAGAAGUAGCCUUCAAUGGAUUACAAGACAGACACGAUGAGUAUUGCGAGACAAUUGGAAAUGCAGAAGACUACGACAAAGAAGAAGAAUAUAUCCAGUCUUGUGUGGAUGAGUUUUUGGCUAUUAAGGCUAAAUUUAAAUCUGCACUUAAGAAAAACCCACCUGCAACUCCGCAACAAGAACAAGUACCAGGACCGUCUAAUCAGUCACUGUCUGCAUCACCUGUUAACCCGCCUUCCCCAAUGUUGUCAAAUCCAGUAAGUGAUCCCAACGAUAUACAGCAUGCAUCAAGUCAACCACUUACUGUACCAGUAAAUCAUCAUAUAAAGUUAAAGCCUAUGGUUGAAAAGCCAAAGCUUCCAGUGUUUAGCGGAGAUGUUCGUGACUACCUUACGUUUCGUGACGACUUCAGGCAUAUGAUCGAUCCAAUAUACGAAGAACGAGAUGCAGUAUCUAUCUUAAGAACAAGUUUAUCAGGCCGACCACUCGAACUUCUAAAGGGUAUUGGAACGGAUUACGCUGCAUGCUGGCAAUAUCUAAAUAUGUACUAUGGUGAGGCCAGAUUAAUAUCGGAUGCUGUGACACAGGAUAUCUCUAAGUUUAGAUGCCUGAAAGAAGGAGAAGAUAGCCGGUUUUGUGAAUUCGCUCAACUUAUACGAAGAUGCUUUAACAUUCUAAAGCAAGUCGGGAAAGAGGCAGAUAUGAAUAACAAUCAUAUGCUAGCUAUCAUUGAGAUGAAAUUAACAGUAGAGGAUAGAAAGGUUUACUCUAGAAUUCUUCAACAGAAAGGAGAGGAAGCAUCAUUGGUAGGGUUGUUAAGCUUCCUGGAAGUAGAAAUGAAAACUAGGAUAAGAGCUACCGCAUCUGUCAGAAGUAGUUCAACACAGUCACAUGCAAAGGUAAACAUUGGUAAUCAGAGAUUCAGCCCUGCAACAAAUAAUCAAAGAUCAUCAUCAUGGAAAAGAUGUUGGGGAUGUGACAGUAUUGACCAUUGGCCAGACCAGUGUACAGUGAUACAAGGAAUGAAUGUGACUGCUAGAACGAAGAAAGCAAAAGAUGUACAUGCCUGCUUCAGUUGUUUAAAGAAAGCAGGAAAGGACCACAACAUGAGAAGCUGCAACCGAAGAAGGAAAUGUGGUAGGGAUAAUUGUCCACAGUAUCAUCAUAUUCUGCUUCAUCCAUCCAACAACGGUAAUGUAGCUAAUGUAGCAUCAGAAGCUAACAAUGUCACGCUUCCUAUUAUUAAAGUGGGUCUUGGAUCAACUGACAAGAAUAUUGCUGGAAAUGUGAUGCUUGAUUCUGGAGCAAAUGUGACGUUGAUUCGACAGGCUGUGGCCGAAGAGCUGAAUCUAAAGGGCAGUAUUGACAUCGGAACCUUGGGAGGCGAUAUUCAGGCACAUCAGACCAAGGUAUUUAAGCUAACUAUCUUAGCCAACCAACAAGAACAUACUGUAUCUGCUAUUGGUGUUCCUGAGAUUGCUAAUGUGCAAAAAUUGAACAUGGGAGUGUUAAAGAAGCUGGAACGAGUAUUGGGAUGCACACUAAGCAGAGGAGAUGGCCCAGUAGAUGUUCUAAUUGGAGUGGAUUACCCGUUCAUGCAUAGUGGUGAAACCAGGCAAGUAGAUGGUUAUCUGGCCAGAAAGUCUCCAUUGGGCUGGGUAACAUUUGGAUCAUCGGCAGUUGAAAGAGGCCACCCAACUGUUCUUCAUGUCAACGUUACUGAAAAUACUGACUUAACAAAGUUUUGGUCAACAGAGGAGAUGGGUGUCAAGUUGUCGCACUGUUCGUGUUCGAGUAUGUCAUCCGAUGGAUUAAGAUUAUCACCGUCAGAAAGGUCACAGUUUAACCAAAUAUGGGAGUCAUGUGAAAAGGUGAAAGAUAAAUGGCAGAUACCAUACCCAUGGAAGAAAAACCCCGUCACCCUUAUCGACAACAAAAUACUUGCUGAAAGGCUGCUAACUUCAACUGAAAAUAGGCUGAUGAAAAACCCGGAACACAUGAAGGGGUAUCAGCAACAAAUGGAAGAGAUGCUGGAACUGGGAUUCUCUCGGAAGCUAUCUGAGCAAGAAAUUAAGGAGUACUGCGGUCCAGUAUGCUACUUACCGCAUCAUGCGGUGAUCCGACCAGAGAAAAAAUCGACUCCAGUCAGAAUUGUAUUUAAUUCAUCUGCUAAGUUCCAUGGCCAGUCACUUAACGAAUUUUGGGAAAAAGGGCCGGACCUACUUUGUUUGGCGUCUUGCUUAGAUUCAGGCAACAAGAAGUUGCCUUAGCUACAGACAUCUCAAAGAUG